AUGCUUCAAAAUAAGCCUUGUCUUUUUGAAAACUCUUUUACAAAAUUAUGGAAAAUAAAUGAAUUAUGGUUAAAAAGUGAUGGGAGUUUAAAUUUAGAUUAUCUUUUAAAUAUGUAUGAAACAUUUAAAUGUCCAGUUAUCGUUGAUGAAAAUACAUCACAAUGUGAAGAAAUGACAUUCAGAGAGUACAUUGAAAAAUACAUUUUUAAUAAAAAAAAAGGUUACUUAAAAGAUUGGCAUUUUCAAAAUUUAUGUCAUAAUAAUGGGUUGCCUCAAGUUUAUGAAUUGUUUUCAAUUUUAAAGUUUGAUUGGAUAAAUAAUGAAGAAUGGACAACUUCAUCUAAAAAUAAUCCUUUUGGUGAAGAUUAUAGAUUUUUAUAUUUUGGUCCAGAAGGGACAUGGACAAAAUUUCAUUGUGAUGUUAUGGGUUCAUACAGUUGGUCAGCUAAUAUAGUUGGAAAAAAAAUUUGGUAUUUUGUUCCAAUAGGAAAUGAAAAGUAUUUUUUAGAUAAAAAAUGUGGUAAUAAUAACUAUAUUAAUGAUAUAAGAGAAAGAAAAGAUAUUUGGAAAGAAAGUGGUGUUUUUGAAGUUACACAAAAUCCUGGUGAGGUAAUUUUUGUUCCUAGUGGUAUGUGGCAUCAGGAUUUGACAUUAUCCUUGAAUCAUAAUUUCAUUAAUGCAGCUAAUAUUGAAUUAGUCUAUGAUCUGUUAAUAAAAAGAAAACUUGAUGUAGAAAAAGAAAUCGAAGAUGUAAUAUCAAUGAAUGUUUAUACAAAUGAAGAGAUCAACAAUAUUAAGGAGAACAUUUUAAAACUUGAUCUUAAAAUUAAUUUUAAAAUUUUUAAUCAACUGAUAGAAAAAAUUAAAAAUGAAAGAGAAAAUUUUGUAAACUUUUUUAAUGCUAAUAAUAUUGGUAAUGCUUUAAUUGACAUAAAUGAAGUAAAUAAAGAAAAUAUUUGUAAAAUUAGUGAAAUUUACUGUACAUGUGAUGAAGAUAUUUAUGGAUUAAAUACAUCAAAUAUUAAACCAUUUUUGGAAGAAAAUACUACAAAUAUGACUGAUAUCAUACCAAAACAUAUGAAAGAGUUAGAAAAUAAUGAUAACAUAGGAUUUACAAAUGUUAAAAUGUACUUAGAUUCUUCAUGGUUUAUUAUUUUUAAAUCUCCAGCAUUUAUUAAUAGAAGAUUAUCAACAAUAAUAAAUAAUUAG